GUUGGGUGUUUUCCCAUCAGCCCGCGCGGCGAGCGGAAGUCAAGCAGCACAACGCCAAACGCCUCUGCAGUGAAUCUCCAAAUCUAAAAUGGCAGGAGCAGAGGGAGACGAUUCUCUUUAUCCCAUCGCGGUUCUUAUCGAUGAAUUGAGAAAUGAAGACGUUCAGUUGCGGUUGAACAGUAUUAAGAAGUUGUCCACUAUUGCUCUGGCACUGGGGGUGGAAAGAACAAGGACUGAACUACUGCCAUUCCUCACUGACACCAUAUAUGAUGAGGAUGAAGUUCUCCUUGCCUUGGCUGAGCAGCUCGGGAGCUUCACUGUACUGGUUGGAGGCCCAGAGUUUGUGCACAAUCUCUUGCCUCCCCUGGAGAGUUUGGCCACUGUGGAGGAAACGGUUGUGCGGGACAAGGCCGUGGAGUCUCUGCGAAAGAUCUCGCAGGAACACUCCCCUGUAGACCUAGAGGUGCAUUUUGUACCUCUUGUGAAGCGUUUGGCCAGUGGUGACUGGUUCACCUCCCGAACGUCUGCGUGCGGACUCUUCAAAAGGCACAGAGACAAAAAUGACUAA